CUUCACACGGAAGAAUUGUCCUCAGCUGUCUUCACUGCAGAUAAAACCAAACUAAAUUUAUACAGAGGAAAAAUAAACAGAUUUAUUGGAUAGUUUCGUUUGUAAUUUUGCCGUGUUAAGCCAAAGAACCCCGGACUUGCAUUUCAACUAACGAAGUGGCAUUUUCCAAGGAAAGAAAGGUGGAAAAACUGUGCACAACGGAACUGAAUGGGACAUUCAAAGCCUCAGAAGAGUUCACCGAUGAAGCUCAGAGUUAAAUAACCUGUGACAUUUAUCUCAGAACACAAAUCGGAGAUGAGAUCGCCCUAUAACAUAACGUUACAUCGCUGAUGAAGAAAGAGAGAGAGAUAGAGAGAGAGAGAGAGAGCACACGGAUGCGCGCGCGCUCCCGGUGCGGCACUCAGCGCGCUCAACAGCUCGUGCCUCCUCCAUCCCAACCCUCUCCGCCAACGCCGUCUCUCCAAUCUCUGCCCUCUCCCUCCCUGCUCGCUUUUCUUAAAGCUCAUUUCCGUGACGAUCCGAAGCUUUUCUCCGGCACGAUGAGAGACGCGAGCAGCGCAGCAGUGGGACGAACCGAACAGAACCGCACGAAGCGGAACUGAGCUCCAGAACUGAACGAACCGGCAUCAUAAACAAACCUUUAUAGAAAAAAAAAAAAAAAAAGAUUUAAUUCAAAUCACGUCUUCAUCUUCUCUCUUCUUGGUCUUAGAGAGCGAGAGAGAGAGAGAGACCGAAAGAGAGGGAGAGCGAUAGGGGAAAAGCACAGGAAAUCUUUAAACUCGUCUUAUAUCGGAUGCUCCGGUGAAAAAAAGCCAACCAUCGGAGGCAACCUGGGACCACCCGUCUCCAAACCCUGGAGAUGUAAAGUUGGACACCACUAAAACCGAUGCUGUGAAGUGGCUCUCAGCCUUAACUUCAUCAGGACUCGGCGGAAGGAUGCUGUGGUUUACCCUGCUAAGCACAAUAGCUUUAGGAUGGACUACGCCGAUCCCUCUGUUGGACGAGUCGGAAGAAAUAGAUGAGCCUUGCUUUGACCCUUGCUACUGUGAAGUCAAGGAGGGUAUUUUCCACGUCCACUGCGACAGCAAAGGAUUUACAAAUGUCAGCCAGAUCUCCCAGACGUGGACGAGACCCUUUAAACUCAAUCUGGCGAAGAACUCCAUGCGCAAGCUGUAUUUUAACAGCUUUUUGCACCUCAACAAUGCUGUGUCACUCAAUCUGGGGAAUAAUGCGCUACAGGACAUACAUGUGGGCGCGUUCAAUGGCCUGAGCAUCUUGAAAAAACUGUUUCUGCAUGAAAACAAACUGGAGGUGUUCAGGAAUGACACUUUUAUGGGGCUGGAGAGCCUCGAGUAUCUUCAGGCGGAUUACAACGUCAUCAAGAGAAUAGAGAGCGGGGCGUUUCGCAACCUGCACAAACUCAGAGUACUUAUUUUGAACGACAAUUUGAUACCCGUGCUACCCAAUUUAUUAUUCAGGUCCGUAUCUCUCACGCACCUUGACUUACGUGGCAACCGCUUGAGAAUUCUACCCUAUAAAGGGACGUUGGAAUACAUCGGUCGCAGCUUGAUGGAGAUCCAGCUAGAGGAAAAUCCAUGGAACUGUGUGUGUGACAUUGUGCAGCUCAAAACCUGGCUGGAGCGCAUCCCCUACACGGCACUGGUGGGUGACAUAACGUGUGAAUACCCUUUUCAUUUACACGGUAAGGACCUUCGUGAGAUCAAGAGAAGCGAACUUUGUCCUUUACUCUCUGAAGCAGAGCUGGAGGCCAAACAUGGCAUUCCCAGAUUACCGUUUAAUAAUGAAAAUGUCUGGCCCACCAAGCCUUCGUCUAUGCUGUCAUCUUUUCAUAACACAGCCUCCUCAGUAGAGUACAGAGAGAGACACGUAAAGCCGACUAAACGGUCCAGACCCACAAAAACACCACCCACUCCUCGUAGCAUUUACCCAGGGCUGAAUCAGCCUCCAGUCGCUGCCUACCAGACCAGACCCCCUAUACCAAUCAUUUGUCCGACAGGGUGCAUGUGCAAUUUACACAUCAAUGACUUGGGCCUCACUGUCAAUUGUAAAGAGAAAAGCUUCCACAACAUUUCUGAGCUGCUGCCACGACCACUCAAUGCCAAGAAACUCUAUCUAAGUGGGAAUUUGAUUCAGAAAAUUUACAGGUCGGAUUUUUGGAACUUCUCUAGCUUGGAUUUAUUGCACUUGGGUAACAAUCGGAUAUCAUAUGUUCAAGAAGGCGCCUUUAUGAACCUACCUAAUUUGAAAAGCUUAUACUUGAAUGGCAACGACAUUGAAAGGCUCACUCCAGGCAUGUUCCGUGGUCUGCAGGCGCUUAAUUACCUGUACUUCGAGUACAAUGUCAUUCGAGAGAUUCAACCGGCCGCCUUUAGCCUCAUGCCAAACCUGCAGUUGGUUUUUCUCAAUGACAACCUGCUGCGCACCCUGCCCGUGGAUGCUUUUGCUGGUACCUCCCUGGCUAGGCUCAACCUGCGCAACAACUACUUUCUGUACCUUCCCGUGAGCGGAGUCCUGGAGCAUCUCCACUCCAUCGUUCAAAUCGACCUUCACCAGAAUCCUUGGGACUGCUCUUGCGACAUCAUCCCACUCAAGCAGUGGAUCGAGAAGCUCAGCUCCGUCAUUGUUGUGGGGGAAGUGACCUGCAAGACCCCGGACUUCGCUCUUGGCAAGGAUCUGCGCACCCUAGAGGCUGAGGUCAUCUGCCCAGAGUUGAAAUUCACCGCUUCUCCAGUUCUGCCCAAUGACAUGACAGCCACCAGCGGCUCUGAGUUAGGACAAGCGCCAGUGACGGGAGCUGUUCCGCUUUCUGUGCUGAUUCUGAGCCUACUGAUUCUCUUCAUCUCCUCCGUGUUUGUGGCUGCCGGUCUCUUCGCAUUCGUCCUGCGGAGGCGAAAGAAACUUCCCUUCAGGAAGCGUCAGGAGGUGGACCUUACAGGCAUUCAAAUGCAGUGCAAGAUCUUUGAAGAGAGGCAGACCGCCUCGCCUGAGAAGCCACCCGGUCACGUCUAUGACUACAUCCCCCAUCCCGUUACUCAAAUGUGUAACAAUCCAAUUUACAAACCACGAGAAGGAGAGAUCGAGGGCGAGCAGUUUGCAGAAACCAAGGAAAAUAACAGUAAUUAUCGAACUCUUCUGGAGAAAGAGAAGGAAUGGACGAUGGCUGUGUCCAAUUCCCAGCUCAACACCAUUGUCACCAUCAAUCAGUCAGGUGACAUGGCAGGCUUUCACGAGAACGGAGUGCUUUGCCCUACCGUGAUUGACAGCCAGAGACCGACCCCUACGGUGGGUUUUGUAGACUGCCUGUACGGCACUGUUCCCAAAUUAAAGGACAUGCACGUUGCACACGCACAUCCCCCCGGAAUGCAAUACCCUGAUUUACAGCAAGACGCCAGAUUAAAAGAAACAUUACUUUUCACUGCGGGGAAAGGAUUCCCUGAGCAAACCCAAAGUGAAUACCUCGAGUUAAGGGCAAAACUCCAAACCAAGCCGGAUUACCUCGAAGUCUUGGAGAAAUCGUAUAGAUUCUAAUUGAAUAGGAAACAAAAAAAAGAGAGUAAACUCACUUACACAAACUCCCCCCCUCCACGCCCAAAAAGAAUACGUAUCAAAAAAGGAGCAUGGCAAAAUUAUAUGUUUCACACACGUACACAUACACACUCUCACACACAUUUCCCCCAAGUCGCUUUUGGAGGAAAGGCCAUACUCAGAUUUUUCAAUGAAGUGCCUUUUUUUCAGAGUAGCCAGCAAUGUUACCACCCAUUAUUUUUGUACGGAACAGAUUUGUUGUUGAACCUCCGGAGCGCCUGGCACAGUUUGUAGAAUAUUUGCAGUUUGCUGCAUGCAUCCGACUGCAGAAGGAGGUUACCGAGCAAAAACUUCACCUGCUAUAGAGAUACAGCGACGUAUUACCCGUUGAGUGGUCUAUUUAAUUUUCUAUGCCGCAAAAGACAGAGUUCUAUCUCAAGGACGCACCCGAGGAUCAAUAUUUGUGAAUAUCUAAUGACACUUCAAGAUUUUAUGGAGUUCAACGCACUUUCUUAAGAAAAAUGCUUCUGGAUACUAUCACUAACAGCUUUUUAGGAAGCACUUUUAAUGUUUUCUCUCUCUCACAAAGAUUUGACAAAGUUAAAAAUGUGCAUAUAUUUAUUCUGUAAUUUCAGUGAAAGAUUUAAUUGUAAAGGUAAUGUUAAAUCAAUGUAUAGUGAUUAUGCGUCUGGUAUAGCCUUCUUAAUAAAAAUACAAAGUCUUAAAUCAAAUAAAAAGGGUACCAAUGCA